GCAAUCUUUAAAUCAGGAUCAACACCAGUUAGAGGUUGUGAAAUAGGGAACUAUUUAUUUAACUGUUGUGCCGUGUAUUGAUUGGAGCCAAAAACGUGUGAGGAGGGUGUUUUAUCCACCACAUCAUCUUCAGUAGAAAAAGGAAGAAAUAAUAACGACAGUUUCUAUAUUUUUUUCUUUACAUCACAGAUGUUUUGUUUUAUGUCCUGCGUCGUAUAUCUGAAUUCAUGCAGAGAGAUCAUGAACUUCAGACCUUUACUGAUCCUACUGCUGCACUUUCCAGGCUCUCUGACACUGGACCUCUUGAAUGUGACUUGUAGUCAAGAGAGUAUUUGCGCAUUAAGGGGGUCCCACGUGACACUGAAGUGCUCUUACUCCAACUUCAACAUCAAAACUGUGUUCUGGUUCAGUGAGAAACAAAGUACGAACUGGAGAAAAAACAAUGAACCUGAAGAUUUGACUUUAGACUCAGACUACUCAGGACGAGUGAAACAUCAGAUCUCAAGCAGCUCUUCAACACUCACAAUAUCAGACGUGAGAGAGAGAGACUCUGGAGAAUAUCAGCUCAUGUUCAUCAUGAAUGGUGGAGUUAAACAUCUCAGCUCAGCAGCCGUCAGUCUAACAGUCACAGUCCUACAGGUGAGAAUGAAGCCUUUGUCUACAGACCCAAGAGAUGAGAGACUAGAACUGACCUGUGAUUCUUCCUGCACUUUGACCUCUGGAGUUCGGUAUUACUGGAUGAGGGAUGGACAGCCUUUCAGUGAUACAGUUGAGUCCCCCAACUUGUUUGUGUCACCCAGCAGAGAUGCUGGCAGCUUUUCCUGUUAUCGUGAAGACCGUAAACAUCUCUCUUCUUCAAUGUGUGUUUCUCAGAGAGGCUGCUGGGAUGUGACUUACACCUCUACAAGAGUCUGUGCUUUGGUUGGCUCAACAGUAGACAUUUCCUGCACAUACUCACAUCCCUCUGAUCAUACUGUAAAUAAAACAUUCUGGCAUUACGGUCCAUCUUGGGACUUCAAGGAUCUGCGUGAGGAGCAUCAGUUUGCUGGUCGUGUGGAGUAUGUGGGGAACAAACUGAGAAUUAAAGAUCUCAAGAUCAGUGACUCUGGAGAAUAUCGAUUCAGGAUCAUUAGUAACACAACCAGAGGCAAAUACUCUGGAUCACCUGGAGUCAUUCUUACUGUUACAGAUACACAGGUAACAAGCAGUCCAGACAUUAUAUCAGAGAGAAAGGACGUGAUAUUAAGCUGUUCAACUAAAUGCACUCUGAAUGACAAUCAUACUUACAUCUGGUACAAGAACGGACGACAGGUAACAGAUGGAUUCACUAAAGUCAACAAGCUGUACCUGGACUCAGUCAGCAAUGAAGAGCUUCAACAGUAUUCCUGUGCUGUAGGAGAUCCAGUGGACACCACAGUGUUCAGUCAUUAUACAGUCACUCUGCUGCUGUUUUUACCUCAGUUUCUCAUAAUAGCGGCUCUGUGGAUGUGGUUUUUCAUCAAAAUGCAUCUCAUUUCAAACCAAACUGAAAACAAAAGUGAAGGUAAGAAAUUAUGUAUAUGGUAGUGUUGUAAAUGUAUAUUAUUUGAUUCUGUUUGUCUUCUUUGUGUUCUGUUUAUCUUUUCAUAUUUUAUUUUUCAGUGGAUGAACUGUAAUCACAGUAACGAUGCACAGCAAAACCCAUAAAGCAUUUUAUUUACUGGACAAACUGUUUAUCAUCCAGGAUUUGUGUUAAUAUUUUAGGCCCAAGCAGUGCUGUGUCCUGCUUAAACACAGCUUGGUAGACUUCAGUGCUGUUUUGUUUGCAACUGUCACAGUUAUAUUUGUCUUCUUUAUCAUGGACUUUUAGUUUGUAUUCAUACAUUUCUGUGCUCAUUUGUUUUGUUUUUAAAACGAAGUUCCCUUGGCUACUGAUUUGAUUAGUGAUAUCAGUUCAGCUGUGUAUCCUUAAUUUGCCCUAGUAUUUAGUAUGUUCCUUUGGUUCCUGUGAGGUCGGUUGUUGUUUGUGUGUUGUGCACACUGUUACACAUUUGGACGUUGCACAAUAAAAUUGCCUUUGUUCUCCUCGUCAUCUUUGGAACUAAUUUGUGACAGCUACAAAUAUUCUAUUUUCUUGUUUCAUCUUGAUCAGUAAGUGGUGUAUAGCAUUUGAUUCCCUGUUAGCAAAGAAA